UUGGGUUUGUUGUUGGAUGAUAUUUUGUUCUUUCUCAAAAUUAAAAGGAACUUUCUAUCAUUAAAGCAAAAAUUUAAAAAAAAAAAAAAAAGUUUUGGCAGAUCGCAGAUUCACCAUGCUGUUGUCUCUAAACUUGUUUUAUUAUUGCGCAAGAUUUAUCUCGCAGCAGAAGCACAUGCUUUACAAUCUCUUAAUUUAAUCAACUCAUUUUGAUCCUUGGUUCGAGCCCAUAGAUUUAAGUUAUAUACAGUGACAAUGUAAAAUCAUUGUAAUAAAAUAUGUUAUAACCUUUUACUUAUUAUUCAUUUUAGGUUUUUGGUCAAUAUUUAUUAAAUAGAGUUACUCGUAAGUAUGGGUCCUCGCAAGUUGGAGAAAAUGAAUUGCCAGCCAAUUCAUGGAAAUAUAUUAACUCUGAGUAGCCCAAUUCAUGGAAAUAUAAUAACCAGAAAUGCUUUUAAAAUAUCCCCACCUACUCGAGAUCUUCUUGCUUAAAAAAAUCUAUUAAUUUAUCAUUCUGAACAAGAUUCAACUGCUUCACAGUUGUUAUGUGUAUCAUGUGUUGACUGAUUAUGAGCUUUAAAAGUCACCUUUUCCAAAACUAUAUAAGAAUAGACAUAUAAAUGCCUCAAAAAUCAUUUAGUGGUUGAUGUUACUGAAAAAUGGGAAAUACACAAGGAACCUAUCUUCUCCUUUUUCUUUUCCUGAUCAUAGCUGCUUUAUCAUCUCAAGUUUAUUGUGUUUCUACUGAUUUUCCAAUAUUAGACAGACCAAAUGAGUUACUUCCAGAAGAAAGAAUUUUCCAACUUUUCCAAGAAUGGAAACAGAAGCAGGGGAAAGUUUACAAGAAUGAGAAAGAGGAAGAAAUGAGGUUGGAAAAGUUUAGAAGGAAUGUGAAGUAUAUAGUGGAAAAGAACUCAAAGAGGAAGUCAGAUUCAGACCAUUUGGUUGGUUUGACCAACUUUGCUGAUAUGAGUAAUGAAGAGUUCAGGCAAGUUCAUACUUCAAAGAUAAAGAUACCAUUUGACAAGAGAAAGACUAUUCAGAUGAAGAAUGUGGAAAAAAAACCAACUCCAGUUUAUUGUGAUGCUCCUCCUUCAAGGGAUUGGAGGAAACAUGGGGCUGUCACUGAGGUCAAGAAUCAAGACCUAUGUGGAGCUUGCUGGGCAUUUUCAGCUUGUGGAGCCAUGGAGGGAAUAAAUGCAAUAGUUACUGGUGAAAUUAUUAGCCUUUCUGUCCAACAACUUAUCAAUUGUGAUAAUUCAACCAAUUUGGGCUGUUACGGUGGAUAUAUGGACCCUGCUUUUGAAUGGGUGAUGAAUAAUAGUGGCAUUGAUUCAGAUUCUGAUUAUCCAUACACUGUCUCUCAAGGCGCAUGCAAUAUCACCAAGGUGAACCAAAAGGUUGUAACAAUUGAUGGAUACCGAGAUGUUCCACAGGAGGAAAGUGCCCUUCUUUGUGCUGUUGCUCAACAGCCUGUUAGUGCGGGCAUUGAUGGAUCGAGUGCUGAUUUUCAAUUGUAUAGAGGGGGAAUCUAUGAUGGACGUUGCUCUAGUAAUCCAGAUGACUUAAGCCAUGGACUACUAAUAGUAGGAUAUGGUUCUGAAGGAGAUGAUGACUAUUGGAUAAUGAAGAACUCAUGGGGUACAUCAUGGGGAAUGGAGGGGUAUGGAUAUAUAAGAAGGAACACUGAUUUGCCAUAUGGGGUUUGUGCCAUUAAUUCAUUGGCUUCAUAUCCAACGAAGGAACUGGCUUCUGCACCAUCUCCUUAUCCGUCUCCAGCUGUUCCGCCACCUCCCUCGCCAUCCCCUCCACCCCCUCCACCACCUUCUCCAAAACCAAGUGAAUGUGGAAACUUGUAUUAUUGUCCAGAAGAUCAAACAUGCUGCUGUGAGUUGUACUUUUUUGGCAUGUGCUUCAUUCAAACUUGCUGUCCUCAUAAAAAUGGUGUUUGCUGUGAUGGAUCAGAAUACUGCUGCCCAACUGAAUAUCCCAUUUGUGAUGUUUAUGAAGGCCUCUGCCUCAAGAGGGUUCAAGACACUCUGGGAGUGGCAGCAAAGAAAAGAAGAAUGGCCAAAUACAAGUUACCAUGGAGUACAAGCACUAAAGAAACAGAGGAUAUGGACCAAACUCUGAAAUGGAAGAGGAAUCAUGUUGCCCCAAUACUCUGAGAUAAACAAUUCUUGUCAUGCCAUUCAACAUUUUCUUGAGAAUAAAUUUGGUUCUGGUUCUAACGCCGAGAAUUUUGAUGAAUCAAACUUGCUAUACUCAAACCACAAGUACAAUUCCUUAAUAAAUCUUGUUUGUGCAAAAAAUUGAGUUUCUUGGAUUAAAGGACUGGAAAGAGAGUUAUGUAGUGGCUCCGAAUACUUGUAAAGAAAUUACUACAUAAGUAGUAUUCUUCUUCAUCUUAUGUUGUAAUUAGACGACUAUGGCUUUUGAGUGUUAUGCUGUGUACAUUCUUGAAAAAGUUGUAGAUUUAUAAUACUACUUAUGUAGACUGACAACUGACUAAGGGUGUAUAACUAUGGGAGUACAACUUUUUUCAA